UGGAUGAAUAACUCAAUGACUAGAAAUUUGGCCACACCUGCCUCAUUUCCCCCGUGGCAUGCAAAUGUCCAUGCCAUGUUCUGCUUCGAGGACUCUGGAAGUCUCUGAGUACUGUCCUCCUCCAAGAUCUCUUCCAGAUCUGUCUUACGACUUGAUCUCACCCCAAGGACUAGGGGACUGUCAUAGUGCCCUCUGUAACAGAUGAGGAAACUGAGGUCCAGAGCAGGAAUUUGAGGGGCUGGGUAACCUGGGGCCUUGGACUCCCUUUCUGGGGUCCCAUUGCUAGGAGACUUCCUGCAAUCCAGCCCACUUUGGGCAUCUCAGUUCCCUCCUUCUCUAGGCCCUCAGCCUCAUACAGCCCAAAUGAGAAUUCCCAGGGAAUGUGAGGACUAGGGGAGUGUGGGACCCCAGGAACAAAGUUGGGAGUGCUCUAAGAGAAGGCUGCUUCAGGCUGUGUGCACCCAAGCGAGAAGCCCUGAGCACAAGUGGCCCCACAGAGGCCAAACACACACAGCCUGAUCUGGGUUCAUUAUCCAGAUGGAAGCUCUUGUUCCCAAUGCCCUGACCCCUGGCACAGGCUCCUGGCAACGUCCCAUCUCACUGAUCUGUGCCCUCCUCCCAUCUGGGCACAAGAACCCUGUCUCUAAGAUUCAGUCGGGAUGAUGGACAAGGUUGUGCGCUCCUCAAGGGACCCUUGCAGUUCCUCCCCCAGAUCUAUUUCUGGCCUAGGCGCCUCCCUCUCCCUUCAGUCCCCCUGCCUGACCUGACCCCACAGCUGGGAACAUUUGCUUGGGGGUGGGGCAGCCCCCUGACUAUAUAAGACUGGACCUAGGUAGUCCCGGGCACCCUGGAAGCGCAGCUCCUCCGGUGCUAAUACCUGCACACUCCAGCUUGACCCUCCAGCAGGCACUGCAAUGACAGAACAAGCCACCUCGGAGGCCCCUGCCUGUGGUCUGGAGGAGACCGCCUCUGAGUCUGCACGUGUGCCCCCCACAGGGCCCUCUGGAGACACGGCAGCUCCGCAGGCUCCCGGGGGAGAGCGGGCUUCUGAGCCACAGGAGCCUGCCCCUCAGCCUCCUGACCCCGCAGCCUCUGCAGCCCCCGCAGCCCCCACAGCCAGUGACCCUGCACUUCCGCGUGAAGAUGUCCCCAGUGCCCCGCUGCUGCUGGCCGUGGAGGAUGUGAGUGAGAGCUCCGUGACUGUGAGCUGGGAGCCUCCAGAGAGGCUGGGGAGGCUGGGGCUCCAGGGCUACGUGCUGGAACUCCGUCGAGAGGGAGCCUUGGACUGGGUGCCUGUGAAUGCCCGGCCCAUGAUGGUGACCCAGCAGACUGUGCGGAACCUGGCUGUAGGUGACAAGUUCUUCGUGCGCGUGGCUGCAGUGAGCUCUGCAGGGGCUGGCCCACCAGCGGUGCUGGAGCAGCUUGUCCACAUCCAGGAGACCAUCGAGGCCCCCAAGAUCCGUGUUCCCCGCCACCUUCGUCAGACCUACAUUCGCCAGGUGGGAGAGUCGAUUAACCUGCAAAUCCCCUUCCAGGGGAAUCCCAGGCCUCAGGCUUUGUGGACCCACAAUGGUCAUGCCCUGGACAGCCAGCGGGUGAGCGUGCGCACUGGGGACCAGGACUCCAUCCUCUUCAUCCGCUCAGCCCAGCGCUCCGACUCAGGCUGCUAUGAGCUCACUGUGCAGCUGAAAGGCCUGGAGGCCAAGGCAGCCAUCAACAUCCUGGUGAUUGAGAAACCUGGACCCCCGAGCAGCAUCAGACUGCUGGAUGUCUGGAGCUGCAACGCUGCCCUCGAGUGGACACCGCCCCAGGACACAGGCAACACAGAGCUCCUGGGCUACACGGUGCAGAAGGCAGACAAGAAGACGGGGCGAUGGUUCACGGUCCUGGAGCGCUACCACCCCACCACCUGCACCGUCUCCGACCUCAUCGUGGGCAACUCGUACUCCUUCCGAGUUUUCUCAGAGAACCUGUGUGGACUCAGCGCCUCAGCAGCCGUCACCAAGGAGCUUGCCCACAUCGUAAAGACAGAUGUUGUUGCCAAACCCAAAAGCUUUGUUGAGCGAGACUUCUCAGAAGCGCCCUCCUUCACUCAGCCCCUGGCCGACCACACCUCCACCCCCGGCUACAGCACGCAGCUCUCUUGCAGUGUCAGAGCUUCACCCAAGCCCAAGAUCAUCUGGAUGAAAAACAAGAUGGACAUCCAGGGUGAUCCCAAAUACCGAGCUCUCUCUGAGCAAGGUGUCUGCACCCUAGAGAUCCGGAAACCCAGCCCCUUUGAUUCCGGAGUUUACACCUGCAAGGCCAUCAAUGUGCUGGGGGAGGCGUCUGUGGACUGCCGGCUGGAGGUGAAAGCCUCAGCCACACACUGAGGAGCCUCUGGUGGAAGCUGUGAAGAGGAGAAAGGUGCCGCAAGCCUGAGGGGUCAGGGCCGCCAGGCCCAGAGUCGAGCACCUCAGAGGCCCGAGAUCUUC